AUGCUGUUCAAACAGCAGGCACUGCUGAGACAGAAGCUCCUGGUUCUGGGCAGCCUGGCUAUUGGAAGUGUCCUCUAUCUUGUAUCCAGAGUUAGGACUUUGGACAGGUUUCAGCCCAUUUGCCCUAUUGAGAGCAGAUUUCUCUCCAAUGAGCUGGAACAAAUUCCCCUCCGCACCUUGCAUUUUAAGCGUGAACUACUUCACGAACUCCAUAAGGGCAAUGCAACCAAAGAACAAAUCCACCUGCGCAACCUGGUCCAACAGCUGCCGCGGGCCAUCAUCAUCGGUGUGCGUAAAGGAGGCACCCGAGCUCUGUUGGAAAUGCUUAACCUGCAUCCAGCGGUGAUCAAGGCCUCGCAGGAGAUCCACUUCUUUGACAAUGACAGAAACUAUGCCCGGGGCAUCAAUUGGUACAGGGAGAAAAUGCCCUUCUCCUUCCCGUAUCAGAUCACCAUUGAGAAGAGCCCUGCCUACUUUGUUACAGAGGAGGUUCCUGAACGCAUCUUCAAAAUGAAUUCAUCCGUUAAGCUGUUGAUCAUUGUCCGAGAUCCAACAACUAGAGCCAUAUCUGACUACACUCAGGUUCUAGAGGGGAAGGAGCGCAAAAACAAAACUUAUCACAAGUUUGAACAACUGGCCAUUGAUGCCAGCACAUGUGAAGUGAACACAAAGUAUAAAGCUGUCCGGACCAGCACCUAUGUAAAACACCUGGAGCGCUGGCUGAAGUAUUUUCCUGUGGAGCAGUUUCAUAUUGUAGAUGGAGAUCGCCUCAUCACCAACCCUCUGCUGGAACUGCAGCUUGUUGAACACUUCUUAAACCUACCAUCCAGAAUUAAUCAGUAUAACUUGUACUUCAAUGCCACUCGGGGAUUUUACUGUUUACGAUUUAACAUUGUCUCUAACAAGUGCCUGGCAGGCAGCAAAGGCCGCACUCAUCCGGAUGUGGACCAGUCAGUGAUGACAAAACUACAAAGCUUCUUUCGCCCCUUCAAUCAGAAGUUUUACCAGAUAACUGGAAGGACAUUUAACUGGUCAUGA